AAACAUGGACCAUCACUCACGGCCUCGAAUACUGGUAGCUACCGAAGUUACAACAGCUCCUACCGGUUUGCUUUAGAAGCUGGCUUGGAAUCGUUUGUUGCACCUUCUAGAAAAAUACGAUGCUCGUCGCACUCCGUGCAUUCCUGGCGCUGGUAUGGUGGCAUAUUUGCCACUUUCUGGCCUACAAUCUGCAUGUCCGUGGCCUUAAACCAUCCAGCCAGUUCUUCCACAAGGUGGUGAUCAUUGGAGAUGACUUUGCAGCAGGCAUCGGAGACUACAUCACGAUCGGCGGUGCAGGCGGCGGCAUCGCACAGUAUCUAAAGAAGAUUGUUGCGUACGACGACAAGGUUCGUCAUAACUGGGCCAUCAUCAAUGCGGGAGUGCCUGGAUCUACGACAGCCGACUGGCUCAUGUCAUCACCCAAGAAGUACUUCAAGAACGUGUUCACCUCGAGCGUCAUGAGCGACGCGUCCAUCGUGAUCAUCAUUCUCGGAUCCACAGAGAUCAGAAACUCAGGUACUGCUGAACACGAGAUUAAGCGAAACCUCAUGGAGAUUUGUGAUACACUGCGGAAGAAGGGCAAGCAAGUGUGUCUGGCCACUGUCGUGAGCCCAGAACCAACUGCGUCCGAGAUGGACAGUGCGAGCUCAACACUCAACACAACCCUGGAGCAUUUUUGCAAGAGGUAUGUGGAUUUAAUCCACACUUUCGAGCGAGGUGAUGAAGGGAUGUUCACCUAACACGUUUUGGAAUGGGGUGUUCUUUAACAGCACGUCGACGGAAGAGGCACCUGUUAUUCUGGGACCCCGCCUCGACACGUACGCGUUCCGUCGCGAGAGCGCACUGUGCUACGACAAGUACCACUUCAACUCUCAGGUACAACCAUCGCAACUUACUGUUAGCUGUGCAGUCAUUCCGAGCUGUCGCUUGCAGAUUUGGCUCACCACGGUGUCAUGGAUGCCUAUCUGCAUUUUAUAGUCGUACCGACAGCUAGCUCGCAACACGGCGGAUUUCUUGAUCCCCAUGAUGACGGCUGUCGAAUGGACUACCUGGAAAGAACAGCUCAGCCAGGUCACGUACGAUAAGGCCUUGUACGAUUAAGCCAAACUGCCAACCUUUGCGUGGACUGCGUUCGAGCCUGCUCCUUCGAUGGCUGGCUGGCUGCUUGGUUGCUGUGGUACUUGCGUCCAUCCACCAUCCAGAUAAGAUAAACAUUAACACCUCAGGAAACACGCGAGCUUUCUUUUUCUUUCGA